UAUAAUAAUAAACUUGCUUAAAAAUGGCAAUGCACGUCAGCGCACUUGACCGCUAUAGAAAUGGAAGCUUCUCUGAAGCAUCAGUGGACCAAAAAGAUCAAGAUAAUUAUAACACACAAAAAGUUGCUGAUUAUUACUACGAUAAUGCAGAAGUAGAUCAUGAAGAUGGGGACCAAGAUUAUUAUUCCACCCCAGUUGAUGAUAACAACUAUGGUUAUCCUUAUCCUGAAGAGCCGAACCAUAACCAAGAAAAAUCUCCUUAUGAUUACCCGGUUGAAGAGGAUCAAAUAGCAGCCCCAACAUAUCCAGUAAUUGGACAGGAAGAACAGAAGGAAACUGGAGCCUCUCUAGAGGAACAAAAAGUAGCUCUGACUCCUAGUAGCGGAAGUAAAAUUGCAGAUGUGACAAGGCCUAUUAUCGAAUAUGAUCCAAACGCUAAAAUUACUGUUUCCGAACCCAAGAAACAAUCGAGCGGAGUUGUUGGGAACCAUACUGAGUACAGAGUUAAAGGAAAUAACUCUGGUGGAGACUUUGAUGAGAAUAGAAGAUACAAAGAAUUUUAUAGCCUCAGAAAUCUUCUCAAUCAGAACUGGCCUGGAUUUUUCAUUCCAGCCAUCCCACCAAAGGUGAAGAUCGGGAAAAUGGAAAACUCAGUUGUCCAAGAAAGAUGUUAUCUUUUCAAUAGAUUCAUGAAGGAUGUUUCAGAGACCCCACAUCUCUGGGAGUCUGAUGAGGUUAAGACCUUCAUCAAACCUAACAUGGGAGUUGGACAAGCCCUUUCUCUUAUUGCUGCACCCACCCCUGAAAGUAUAUUCGAAAGAGUUACGAAAACAACAGGAAUUAAUCAUGAAGAAAUUGAUGAUGCUAAGGUGAACAGAUACACAGACUCUAUCAGAGAAUUUGUGAUAAGUAGCAAAGACAUUUUCCCUCUAUUGGCCAAGUUCAAAAACUGCAUUACUCAACUCGAGAAGCAAAGAAGGUACCAGCUUGAAGCAUACAAGGACUUCUCUGAAUUUUUGAGUCAGUAUGAAAGUACUACUAUGAAUGUUUACUCAAGCGAUUCCAUCCAGGGCCACUAUAAAAUGAUCUCAGACACAGAUAAUAACACAAUGAGAGCCCAGAUCGAAGCUCUAUCUGAGAAGAUAGAUAAUCCCUUCAUCAGGUUUAAAUACUGGGUCAAAGAAGAGAUCAUUGAUUUGCAUGCCCUCUUGCAAGCUAUUGGCCAGAAGAACUCACUAGAAAGUAAAAGACAUAAGCUCCAGAACAAGAUAAAGAAUGCAAAUUCUGAACUUGAGAAGCUGAAUGCAGGGAAGAAGACCUUCAAAACCUUGUUCAAGUCUCAAUCAGGAAAGGCCUCUACUAUCACAAGCUUGACUACUUUCAUCGCUCAGGCUGAGAAGGACAUCGAGAUCUAUGAAAAAUUAAUAAAAAUCGUUACUGUUCACUUAUUUGAGAAGGUUAUACCAGAAUUCAAGGCAAAGAAAGUCAAGGGGUAUGUCUCCAGUCUGAAAGAAUUCUCAGAUUCAGAGAGUAAAAACUCUAAUGAACUGUACAGAUGCUGGAGUUCGGUCUUGCAACAGAUUCAGCAAACAUUUGAAAAGUCCAGCUAACCUUUUAAUUUAUUAUCAAAUUGACAAGAAUAGGUGAUAUUAGACACUCAGAAUUCAAC